AUGACUGCAACACUCAUGACCCUGCUCUGUGUUGGGCUGAGUCUGAAUGCCAGGGCGGGAGUGCAGACAGGGACCCUUCCCAAACCCAGGCUCUGGGCUGUGCCAGGAACUGUGAUACCUCAAGGUACACCCGUGACCCUCUGGGGCAAGUGGACUCUGGAGGCAGAGGAAUCUGGUCUGUACAAAGAGGGAAGCCAAGUGCCCCAGAGAAGACAGACAGCAGUGGAACUCGGGAACAGGGCCAAGCUCUCCAUCCCAUCCAUGACAGAGCACCAUGCAGGGUGAUACCACUGUUACUACAGAACAGCUUCCGGCUUGUUGGAGCAGAGUGACCCCCUGGAGCUGGUGGUGACUGGAGUCUACAGCAAACCCAGCCUCUCUGCCCUGCCUGGACCCACAGUGUCCUCAGGAGAGGAUGUGACCCUGCUGUGUCAGUCACAGAGCCCAAUGGACACUUUCCUUCUGUCCAAGGAGGGGGCACCUGAUAACCCACCACCACCACUGUGUCUGCGAUCAGAGUCCCAAGUUCAGCAUUCCCAGGCAGAAUUCUCCACGGGAGCUUCAAGCUCAGCCCUCAGGGGCACCUACAGGUGCUAUGGCUCUCAGAACUCCUCUCCAUACCUGCUGUUACAGCCCAGUGAGCCCCUGGAGCUCAGUGUCAGAUGCGCUGCCAGCGACCCCAGGAUGGCUGAGCUCAAGGUCCUUCUGCCAUCUCUCUGA